AUGGAGCGACAUCUCGAGCGCGUCAAGCGCUUCGAAUCGCUCCUCAAGCCGUUCGACCCGUCUCCACCGGCCGUCAGCCCCAUCGCAGGCUCGAGCGAGGGAGCCGCAACUGGCGCUGAGGGGGCCGAAGCAGCGCCGACGCAAGGUCCUGUGAGUGCGGAAGCGUGGAGGAAGGACGAGCUGCGCAGGCUGUGCCGGGAAGGCAUCCCCGACGAACCCGCCCCCCUCCGCCCGGCAGCCUGGCACUUCCUCCUCAACCUCUCCCCGACUCCCUCGCUUCUCGACCAAUAUCGCUCCUUUCUCUCGGAAGUCAACUCGCGUAUCUCAGCUCUCUCACCUCCGGAACCUCGACAACCGCUCGACAAGUACGACAAGCUGUUGAGGGAAAUCGAGCGGGAUGUCGAACGGACAUUUGGGACGCUCGCUUGGUUUGGGGCAGAGGUGGUUGGGCAGGAAGAGGCGGAUGGGAUGGACGCGGUGUGGGACAGGCUGGAGCUGCUUGACGAGGCGGACAGGCAGGAGGCGAGGGACUUGGCAGCGAGAAUUGAGGUGGGCGAGGAAGGAGAGUCGGGGGAAAAGACAGACGAAGCGGCGGCCGCGUCAACGGUGACUGCUUCAGCACCUUCUACGGCACGACGGCGACCACGUACUCGACGAGACGCCCUACUCCGUCCUCUCUUCCUCUACGCUUUCCUCAACCCUGGCGUGUCCUUCGUUCAGGGCAUGUCCUAUCUCGCCGCCAUCUUCUAUUACGUCUUCGCUUCGUCUUCCUCGACCAACGACGACUCACGUCCUUUUUCACCGCUUGAAGUCGAAGCGACCACCUUCUUCGCCCUCGGUGCCCUCCUCUCGCAACUCCGCGACCUUUACCUUCCAACCCUCGACAACCUCUCAUCUCCGCCUUUCUCCGCUCCUUCGCCAACAGCGACCGGUCUCGGCGCAACUGUAGCGAGGUUCAAUUCCCUCCUCCUCGUUAUCGACCCGCCUGUAGCGGAUGCGCUCGACAGGAAGAAGGUUGACACGAGCGGGCUGGUCAUGCGGUGGCUGACGACCAUGUUUGCGACCGAGUUUCCUUUGCCCGAUGUCCUGCGAGUCUGGGACCGAAUACUCUCGCUGUACCCGCCCGAAGGAGAACAGCCAUCGGGCGAGGCGUUGUCGCCCGUUCUCGGUCACCUCGUCGAUGUCUGCCUUGCGGUCGUCCAGCUCGAGCGGCAGACGAUCCUCUCGCCUUUCGCAAAACUUCCGAAGAUCCUCGGCGUCUUGCAGAAGCUGCCGAUCGAGGGAGAGGGCAUCGACCGCCUGUUGCAGAAGGCGUGGGAGGUUCGGGAGCGACGGCUGGGUCGCGCAAAGCGGACGAGCAUCGCCUCAUCAGUCGGGAGCAACCGCACUUCGGUUGUCGGAGCGCUCGGCAAGAAGGCCUGGUGGUCCUCGUCGCCGGCUAAGACGGACGUCCCAACCGCUGCUGCCGACUUCGAACUCGACGAGCGGUCGUCUAACGCCGGCAGCGACGCGUCUCGACCGUCGCGCUUCGGCUUCGGCUCGCUUGCCUUCUCCUCCCCUCGCUCGUCGCAAGCCGACAUGGCUGACAACGUCACCGUUGUCGAGGGCAAGGUCCUCCCGCCUCCGCCCGCUCGCAUCGACCAACCGCCGACGAUUGCAUCGCUGAUCGAGGAGGAGCUGCGGUCAACGGAGAAACAGGCGGACGAGGAGGACUACCCGCUCGAGGACGAGGAGGAUGGCGCGGAUGAGGGGCCUGCGAUUCACCGCCGCAUGGCGUCAGGCUGGGGUGGCAUCAAGUCGUCGCUCUCGCGCUUUGCAGCCUCGGACACCGCCGCUGCUCUGCAGAAGCGGGCGACGAACCUCCAGCUCGCCGCCGCCCACUCUGCCUCGACUGCUUCGACCCGCUUUUCGACUUCGGACGCUGCUGCCGCACUCUUCAAGGCUCAAUCGAACGCUGCGGCGAAGGCGCAACUCUUGCGCGAGCAGCUCGCCGAGCAAGGACCCGACCGUCUCGCCAAGAUCAAGGAGGCGGCGGCGGGUGCGAGUGGACGCUUGCUGGCAUCAACGGGCUCGGAGCGGGGCGGAGACUGGCGGCCUGGCAGUCCUCGCGAGACGCCGUUCACGCCGCCAGGUCAUCCCGGCGACAUCUCGCCUCUUCCGUCGCCGCGAAUCGAUUCCGUCGACAUGGGCCGCUCGCCUAGCGCGGGGCCGAAGCCCUUGCUUCUCUCCGGCUCUGCCAGACGAGCGCAGAACUCGUCAGAAGACUCGACUGGUUUCGCUCGCUCUCCUUCCGCGUCACCCACCAUCUCUCGCACCGGCCAACUCCUCUCGCCCGACAUCUCGAUCCUUCCCCUCUCUCGCUCUCCGUCUCGCGGUGCCGCGCAUGGAAGAAGCGCUUCGCAAUUCGACACGCCGCCUCGCACAUCCGCUUCCGCCUUCCGCCCUCGCUCGUCUUCCUCCUCGACUGCCCAAGCGUCGCCCGGCUACCCCUUGCAGGACGAGGACAGCCCGAUUCAGUCUAGGCGUGUGCAGGACGGCGCAAACGGGUUGCGGCGCGGGUACGGAAAGUCGUCGCCGUCUGCCGCGGCUUCAUCUCUGCCUAAGCUCGACCUGCGCGCCGACCAAAUCGCGGCGAGUCUCAGCCCGUCCUCUACGACCGCCAUCUCUCGCCUCUCCCUCGACAACUCGCCCGGACCGAGUGAGGUGCCAUUCGCUCCGCCUUCGGAACAGCCGUUCCUGCCGCCCAUCGCCGACGAGUCGCUCUUGACAACGGAGCGAGAAGACGAGGGGGAGUUCCUGACGCCGUCCGAAGGUCGAUCCGCUGAGACGAGUCCGACUCGCCAACGACUUCCGCCGCGCGGCUCGUCCCUUUCGUCCUCGCAAGGACCGUCUGCGGCGUCGUCCGCGCUCCCACCGCCUCGCAUCUCGUCCCUCUCCUCUUCCGUCCCGCCUUCCGCCUCCUCGCCUUCUCACGACGUACCGGCUUCCUCGACAGCCGACGACACCGUCGCCGCCUCUCCUACCGGCUCCCUUUCGCGCUCCAGGAUUGUCCGCCGACCCGCCGCGCACCGCAAGCGCACCUCUCGCUCGUCCGUCGCCUCUGCCAGCGUCGACUUGAACGGACCCGAAGCCCGCAGGCUCGCGAGCGAGUUCCUCGUGCGUAGCGGGUCGUCGAGGUCGACGCGUGAGUGUGGGCACAGGCGCGCUGCGAGCGAUGCGAGGAUGAGUGUUGGCGACUUUGACGAGAGCGGUUUCCUCGACGCGUAUGGCGGCGAAGACGGGGACGAGCAGCCGCGGUAG